GAAAUGCUGGGAGGUGGUUUACAGGGCAGUGGUGAUGCUGAAACAGGCGCUUGUGGCAGAGCAGCCUGAGCAACCUUGAAGAUGGAAUUGUUGUCCUUGCAAAUCAAAGGGAGUGGAAGUCAUUAAUACUCAAAGAGGCAGGGCUGCAUCUCUUGAAACAGUGGUGAAAGUAUUUUUGGCUGACUAGGAGAAUCCUGAGGUUUUUAUUGACUGACAAGCUCAGUGAUUACUCCUAGCUAGCAAGGCCUUGUUGGACAGAGCCAGGCUCAAAGGAAUUUAACUCUUGUUUUUUGCUUCUGUUUAGGACAUGCAUUAUGCUGGCUUAUUGGACUUGAACAGGUUGAAGACGACUUAAGAGGCUGCUGUGUCAGUCAGAGCUUGAACGCGCAGAAGGAGAAGAAAUGGGGAACACAGCAACCAAGUUCCGUAAGGCGCUCAUCAAUGGAGAUGAGGUGCUGGCCUGCCAACUCUACGAGAGCAACCCGCAGUUCAAGGAGGCUCUAGAUCCCAACUCUACAUAUGGAGAGUCCUACCAGCACAACACUCCUCUGCACUAUGCUGCCCGGCACGCCAUGACACGCCUACUCAGGUCUUUUAUCCACAGCAAAGAUGGCAAUCCUAACAAGCGUAAUGUGCACAACGAGACGUCUCUGCACCUUCUCUGCAUGGGGCCUCAGAUCCUGACCUCAGAGGGGGCGCUGCAACCUCGCAUCUCACGGCCAUAUGAAGAUGAACAGCGUCGGGCGGAGUGUCUGCAAAUCGUCCUCGCGUGGACCGGAGCGAAGCUGGACCAUGGAGAGUAUGAGAGUGCUGACAUCAAUGCCACUGACAAUAAGAAAAACACCUGCCUGCAUUAUGCUUCUGCCUCAGGCAUGAAAACGUGUGUUGAGUUGCUGGUGCAGAGAGAAGCGGACCUGUUUGCGGAGAAUGAAAACCGCGAGACUCCAUGUGACUGUGCAGAGAAGCAGCACCACAAGGAGUUGGCCCUGCGCCUGGAGUCGCAGAUGGUCUUCUCUCUUGCCCCCGAGGCGGAGGGUAUAGAGGCAGAGUACGCAGCCCUCGAUCGAAGAGAGUUGUAUGAAGGUCUGCGGCCUCAGGAUCUACGAAGGCUGAAGGACAUGCUGAUAGUGGAGACAGCCGACAUGCUGCAGGCCCCACUUUUCACUGCUGAAGCACUGCUACGUGCCCAUGAUUGGGACAGAGAGAAGCUCUUAGAGGCCUGGAUGACCGAUGCGGAGGAGUGCUGCCAACGCUCAGGGGUACAGAUGCCCAACCCACCUCCAAGUGGCUGUAAUGCAUGGGACACUUUGCCCUCGCCCCGGACGCCACGCACCACCCGAUCCUCCAUCACCUCACCAGACCAAAUCAGCCUCAUGCCUGCCGAUGAUGAUGAGUCUUCUCUGUGUGGUAUCUGCAUGUCUUCCAUCUCGGUCUUUGAGGAACCUGUCGACGUGUCCUGUGGCCAUGAGUUCUGCAGAGCAUGCUGGGAAGGGUUUCUAAAUCUAAAGAUCCAAGAAGGAGAAGCCCACAACAUUUUCUGCCCAGCCUUCGACUGCUACCAGCUAGUGCCAGUGGAAGUCAUAGAAAGUGUGGUCUCCAGAGAGAUGGACAGGCGCUACCUCCAGUUUGACAUCAAGGCAUUUGUGGAAAACAAUUCAGCAAUCCGUUGGUGUCCAGAGGCAGGGUGUGAAAGAGCAGUACGACUGAACACCCAGGGCCCAGGAACUUCCACCUCAGAUCCUCUAAGCUUCCCCCUCCUUCGGGCCCCUGCUGUAGACUGUGGCAAGGGCCACCUUUUCUGCUGGGAGUGUCAAGGUGAGGCCCAUGAGCCCUGUGACUGCGAGACCUGGAAGUUGUGGCUGCAGAAAGUCAAUGAAAUGAAACCUGAGGAAUUGGCUGGUGUGAGCGAAGCUUACGAGGACGCAGCCAACUGCCUAUGGAUGCUCACUAACUCCAAACCUUGCGCCAACUGCAAGUCUCCAAUACAGAAAAACGAGGGCUGCAAUCACAUGCAGUGUGCUAAGUGUAAGUACGACUUCUGUUGGAUCUGUCUGGAAGAGUGGAAAAAGCACAGUUCAUCAACAGGGGGAUAUUAUCGCUGCACCCGCUACGAGGUCAUCCAACAGGUGGAGGAGCAGUCAAAAGAGAUGACUGAAGAGGCAGAGAAGAAGCACAAGAGCUUUCAGGAACUUGACCGCUUUAUGCACUACUACACACGCUUCAAGAACCAUGAGCACAGCUAUCAGCUGGAACAGCGCCUGUUGAAAACAGCCAAAGAGAAGAUGGAGCAGCUCAGUCGUGCCCUGAGUGGAAGGGAAGGAGGCCCACCUGACACUACAUUCAUUGAAGAUGCAGUCCUAGAACUACUAAAGACUCGCCGCAUCCUCAAGUGCUCUUAUCCUUAUGGGUUCUUUCUGGAGCCCAAAAGCACAAAGAAAGAGAUCUACGAGCUUAUGCAGACGGACUUGGAGAUGGUGACCGAGGACUUGGCACAAAAGGUUAACAGGCCUUACCUGCGAACGCCUCGCCACAAGAUCAUUCGUGCAGCGUGUCUGGUGCAGCAGAAGAGGCAGGAGUUCCUGGCCUCGGUAGCCCGAGGAGUGGCCCCCAAUGACUCACCUGAGGCCCCCAGACGCAGUUUUGCUGGCGGAACGUGGGACUGGGAGUAUUUAGGCUUUGCAUCACCUGAGGAGUAUGCAGAGUUCCAGUACAGACGGAGACACAGGCAGCGGCGGCGAGGCGACAUGUCUAGUCUCCGUAGCAACACACCUGACCCCGACGACCUCAGCGACAGCACUUUAGACACGCAGGAUGUCGGAGGUGGGCGUAGACAAGGUCCUCUGAUGGGUCUUGGUUCCUUGGAUGAUGAUGACCCUAACAUCCUACUGGCUAUUCAGCUGUCACUCCAGGACUCAGGGAUGGCAGGGAGUGGGUCUCAUCAUGAGAUUCUUGCCAACGAAGCCUCACUCGGUGCAAUUGGCACCUCCCUUCCUUCAAGGCUUGAGCAGAGCGGUCCAGGUGUUGAGGUCCUCCCCAGAGCUUCUCUAAGCAGCUCAGAACUGCUGGAGCUGGGAGAUAACUUGGCCAGACUUGGCAACAUCAACCUCAGCAGCCAGUACUCUGCUGCGACUGGUGUUUCCAUUUCUGUACAGCACUGUGACAGUCAUCACCGGGCGUAUGGGGCCUCUGUGCCCAUACCAGUGGCUCCAGGUGGCAGUAACUCCUCCACAGGCCUCUUCUCUUCUUCUACUGACACAACAGACUCCACCACGUGUGGCAGCCAUGACCCAUCCUCAUCCUCUGCAUUGGCAGCAAAUGCUAACCUGCUGGGCAAUAUCAUGGCUUGGUUCCAUGACAUGAAUCCUCAAGGCAUCACCCUGGUGCCCCCGACCUCCUCUGACACCGACUCAAGCCUGGGUGCACUCCAUGCAGGAGGAGGCUGCCUGCAAGAUGACGACAGAAGUGGGAUCGUCGUCCUCCCCGAAAGCAGGAAGCCUCAGGAGGUGAUGGCAGACGUGGGUUUCUGCUCUCAGAGACUGAGUGACAUGGAGGAGAAGGAGUGCUCUGUGGCUGAGAGGCCGACUCAGUUAGAUCUAGUAGGGCUGGACACCAUGCCGCUACCUUACAUGGCAACCCUUGACGCGAGUGGAGACCACGCCGACCGCAGAGGCUCAAAGGUCUGCCAUGUCGACAGCCCACUCUGUGACUCUGUGUCCGACCAGCUGCCCAGCACCAGCUCCUCUGAGUGGGAAGAACAAGUGCACUUGGUAUGAUCUGACUGGCUGAGAUUUGGAAGGAGCUUUUACAGAAAGCCAAAAACCACUAUAGGUUGCAAAGAGUUGAGAAAUAUGCGAAGUAGCAGGUGGAAUGUAUAGAGAAUAGAGAAUGUGUCAGUCAUACUCAGCUCUAAAGAGGGAAGAGAAGUAGGCUCUUAAAUUGUGUGCAGGUACUUAACCUAACAAUACAGUCCAAUUUGUUUCCUGUAUCUACUGUAUUGUCAGCCCACUGCCCCACACAACCAGCCCUCCUGCACAGAAAACACUAACCUAAGAGAUCACAUUCAAUUACCAUUUUGAAGGAAGUGGCUCCUAAAAGGUUUCUGUGCUGAUGAAAAUACAAAUAAGUAGUGUUUUUUUUCUGAAAUCAACUUUAGGGGAGAUUGGAGAUUUAGGAACUGUAGCCUAGCAACUGUUCAUUUUGUUUCCACUGGAGUAAAAGCCUACUGUAUCAGUCUGGAUGCGGUUUGAGGGAGAUUGAGCAGAUAAAUAGUUUUGCUCCAGUAUUCAAUCUGUCAGAUACUGGCUGAGAGGUAGUUCUCACUCCUGUUCAUAUCUGCCUACUUUAUAGGUGCCAAACACUGACUAGCAAAAGCACAGUUUGCAGUCACCAAGUGGAUUCUUCAAAGCAAAUUGUGCCUGCUUAUUACAAUCUCAACGACUCAGCUGAACUUAUAUGUGAAAGUGUCGAGCCAUAUUUUUAUUUGAGAUUGCAGCUGGGUGAUAUUUUCAAACCUCACUGGUUAAAAGCUGUAGUGUGCUGUGUAAAACUGUAGUUUAAUAAAAACCAUAAUGGUUGUGUACUUUAGUAUGUGAAGCAUCCACAUUAAAAAAACACACAAAAAAGGAUUGUUUAACUGAAAAGUAGGUGGCCUGCUCGAAAACAUUUCUAAAUGGACUUGACAAUGGAUAUUCAUCUCAAAGCCUCAGUCCUAACACACUUUGAAUAGAAAGUGUCUCUUAGAGCUUCAAAAACAACAAAACACUGACAGACCCUGAGGGGCUGCUCAGACUGAUUCAGUUCACACCUUUGUGACAGCAUUUCUGAAUUCCAUUGUAGCUCGUCUUAAAUUAAUGUUUGAGUGCUGCAGCCAAGUGUGGAGUGACGGAUAGAGUAGAUAGUGGGUUCUCUUGUUUAUAUACUACAGGGAAGGCCAGUGAAAGAGAUAAUCAAGCAAUCACACUGAGACGUGGGUGAAUUAAUUAAUCAAGCCCACGUCACUGUAAUUUAUCUCUGGGUUCAGUUUUAGUGUAAUAACGAGCAAAGCCUUCUUAGAUCUCUGCAGAUAUCCUGGACUGCAGGGUGAUGCACGGAGAACUCAUGAAUGUGAAAAGCAUCUCAACCACAUGGGGAGUCCAUGUCUUUGAAACGGUUCUCUACGCAGUUAGAGAUUCAGUGCCUUUGUGUCAAUCACCAUUAUUCAGUUCUUUUUCACGUAUUUUUCUGAGUGCUAAUUACACAGGAUCUGCAGUGUAAACAAAACAAAAACACCUGUUACCUUAAAGUUGUUUCUCUCGUAUAACAUUUAUAGUGUGCUGACAUGAGCUCUUGAGUUUUUUUUCAUCAAAAUAUUUGUAGCAUGAGGCUUUUGUUGGUUCUAGUAGUGAUAUGUUAACACUGAUUUUUAUAUGAUUUGGUGAAAUAGGAUUCUAACUUUAAUGUCUCACUUUCAAAUCUGGUUCCCAAAUAUUUUGAAGAAGUGUUUUUUCCCCCUCUGGUUUUUGUGCGUAAGGCUUCUUGCCUUCGAAACUAAAAUCACUGUAUUGACUUUGGAAUGAGUUGACCUACUGUAUGUGUAUUAUAUAUAUCUUACCUGAAGACACUAAAAUGGAGCAAAGUUGCAAUAUAAAGUAGGUAUUUAUUUGAAAUAAAACUGAUCCAUUUAAAUAGUGGAUUGUGAAUAACCCGUAUGAAAUAAAACACACUGUUAAGUGUUUCACCUUUAGGACUUCAAUAGGUUUUUGUACAGACUAAUGUCUGACUGAGGUAAAUGACCUUUCAACCCCUUAGCAGAUGUAUAGAGCAACAUUAAAUCUACAGAUAGUGAUUGCUUUGAAGUGUCUUGAAGUUGUGAGUGCCAUGUGGUUAAUAAUGGAACUAACUCUGUUGGUUAAUGUCGGUGUGUUAAUCAGAGGAGAUAACAUGUUGCCCUUUUUGUGUAACAGUAUGCUGUGCAUGGAAUGGGUACUAAAUGAAAUUCAUACUUUCUUUGUAUUUCACCUCUUAUGUCCAGGUGAUUUAUUUUAAAACGGCAUAUAACAUUUUGUAACUCAUUGAGAUUUUCUAUUGUAAAGCAACUAAUCCUUGAAAUGCUAUUUGCACUUUGAUAGUCUAUACUUGAUACAUUCCCUCUUUGUAUGAAAAAAAAAUGUUUGGUGUGUGAUGCCAAUAAACUAUGUGUUGAGUUUUA